UGGCAGUAGCUCCCAGCGUUUCCAAUAGUCGGACGGUUUAGUGCGCUUGGUAGCUUGUCCAUUGUUUAGCGUGUGGGCAGGAUCGUGUGUACGUGCGUUCCUUCAUGUUGCUGCUGCCAGUAAAUGUGUGACGUCCAAAAGCAGUUGCAACGCAAGGUUUGAUUUUAUUAAGGAUCAGACAGUUUUGUAAAUACAUAAAUUAAGGUCAUGGACCCUUUUCGCUGCACAUAUAACGCCGAAAAUUGGUUGUUUAAGCGGAUUUUAUUUGUGGCGCAUAUUCAUGCACAUUCUUUUCGGUUUUGGAAUUUUUAAAAUUUAUCGGAAAAUCGAAGAAAAAUUAGUAUUUUAAAACUAAAUUUCCCCGAAAACAAAAUUGUUCUCGCUUUUAAAUCAUCUUUCGCAGUGAAGAACAGUAUAAUUGCCCUCUGAAUCGGUCGUUUAUCGGAAUUAAGUUGUAUAAACAGAACCGAAAUUGGAACAUGGAGCUAUUCAUUAUUUGUAGUAAGCGGUGGGACAGUCAUAGAAACAGCAGCCUUAAACAUCCAGACAGCUGAAGCAAUCAACAUUUUCUCAUUCUUUCAUCCCAGUCGUGUCCUCACGGGAGUAUCAACCAUAUAUUUAAUUUAAUACAGUUUUGCUGCCAGUGUUUCGGCACUUUCUUCACUUUUCUUAUCGUAGGUUGCCAACGUGAAGUACAAUUGACUUAUUCGUUAAGUAAAUGACAUUGUUAUUUCUCAUUACGGAAUUUACGAAAGUGGACUUAGAGAAGAACAUCGAAUCCGAAGUGAGAUUAGCAUGGAUUAUGGGAACGAUCCGAUGGAAGAAAAAGUGUGUGGAAAUUAAGCGUUGAACUUAAUAGCAUCACCGCGUGGUUUAUGAGCCUCCUUAGUUGGGAGAGUUAUCCCUGUUCAUUUAGUGGAUGGAGUUCGAUGCACCACGUACGAGCCAGCCCUUAUCCGACACUGGACCGACCGUCGGGGGAGGAGCCACCUGAAUGAGAUUGGCUGUGCACAGGCUGGAUGAAUGGCGGAUCUAAUUGCCCUAGCACAUCCAUGUCAGGCAAACGUCGAGUGGCCCCUUCAUUUACCAAGGGUGCUGCCUAGAUAAUGGCUCAUGAUAAUGGAUAAUGAACAACCCCAUCAGGAGCUGGUGAAAUGUGUGGUGGUGGGAGACACGGCAGUGGGCAAGACACGUCUCAUCUGUGCCCGGGCAUGCAACAAACAUGUUUCACUCUCUCAACUUCUAACUACCCAUGUGCCGACAGUGUGGGCCAUAGAUCAGUACCGCAUUUACAAGGAUGUGUUGGAGCGUUCAUGGGAGGUGGUUGAUGGAGUAAAUGUUUCAUUACGCUUAUGGGACACAUUUGGUGAUCAUGAGAAGGACAGACGAUUUGCAUAUGGCAGGUCGGAUGUGGUACUUCUCUGCUUCUCCAUUACAAAUCCUGUAUCUUUGCGAAACUGCAAGGUAAUGUGGUACCCAGAGAUACGGCGUUUCUGUCCCCAGACACCGGUUCUUCUUGUUGGCUGUAAGAAUGAUCUACGUUAUAUGUACCGGGAUGAGACCUACCUCAGCUUCUUCCGUGAUCGCAGCCCUUUUGUGAGGCCGACACGGAAAAGUGAUCUGGUGAUGCCGGAUCAAGCUCGUGCUAUUGCCAAGGAGCUGGGUGUGUAUUACUACGAGACUAGUGUGCUCACAUAUUAUGGUGUAAACGAGGUGUUUGAGAAUGCCAUACGAGCAGCACUCAUUGCAAGACGGCAGCAGAGGUUCUGGAUGACUAAUCUGAAGAAGGUUCAGCGACCUCUGCUUCAGGCCCCUUUCCGGCCACCGCAGCCUCCAAACCCAGAGCUUCAUGUAGCUGCCAGUACAUAUGCAGAGAAUAUGCAAGCAUUAUGGCUGCAGCAGGCUUAUACAGAUGUAAUACUGGUGGCUGGGAGUGUUGGUUUCUCAGCACACAGGUUUAUCCUGGCAGCAGCAUCACCAGCAUUUCAGCGCCUGCUCAUGAUGGACCUGAGCAGUGAACUUGGGGCUCGGAGUUCUAGCGAGUCCAGCAUGGUAAGCACUUUUGGUGAAGCAACUAUGGGAGACUUCAAUGAUGACACAGAGUACCUAAUUAGACAGUCUGAUAAUUAUUUCAAACCUUCCAGGGUGUGGGAGCAACUUAAAAGGAGGUCAAGUUACCAGGUGUUGUCAACUGACUCUAAACAGCGGUUUGGUGUGUCUCGAGAUUUGAAUCAUCCAGCUUUCCAAGCCAUUCGUGUUGAACAGUGUGACAGUGUUGAAUGUACGACGCAACGAGGUCGGUCCAAUAGCUCCAUGCAGACAGUCGUUACUCUCUCAAAGCUGGUCACCCCACAGGCCAUGCAGCAGUGUCUGCAGUUCCUGUACACAGGAACGAUUGACAGUCGAUUCUGUGAGCUGCAG